CGUGAAAGCGUCUUGCGGCCAGAAGAAGGCCGAGUGUUGCCCUUACUGUAGUUACAGAAGCAACCGAAAGUGGAACCUCAAGUCUCACAUAAAGAGGAUUCACGCGAACAUUCAGGGCGAAGGUGUUACACCAGAAGAUCAAGUUUCUCCGGAAAGUUCGUGAGAUCUGAAAUUGAUGUUGAACGUAUCAAGUUAGCUGUUGAAGCGGUGGCCAGUGGGUUGUCCUUGAGGAAAGCGGCUGAAAAAUUCUCUAUAUCCAAGUCUGUUCUUCAUCGUUACAGUAAACUGGGGAUUCUCGGUGUAAUGGAGAAAUAUAUGCGAAAUGGUCCGAAAUUGUGAAAUUGACGACAAUUGUUUGAUUAGACGUUCGUUAAGUGUAUGUGAUUUUGGUAAUGACCACGAUAAUGAUAAUAGUAAUAACAACAACAACAACAACAACAACAAUAAAAAUAAAAAUAAGAGUAAAAUUAAUAACAACAAGUUACAGCAGCAGCAACAACGAUGACAACAAUACCAUAAUAGAGUCGCGUACGCUGGGCUACAUUAACUGCCAGAAAGUCACCUAUCCGUGCAAGAACUGUGGCAAGGUAUACAAUUACUACUCCAGCCUGGCAAGACAUUUGAAGCACGAAUGUGGCGUGGAACCAAAAUUCCACUGUCCCCUCUGCCCUUACAGAACGAAGCACAAAUCCAGCUUGAACACCCACUUGAAUGGCAGACAUAUGAAACUAUUGAGCGAAUUCUACACGAUGCCAAACGGGAAUAAGUUGUCGUCCUCUAUGAACGCUGGCAAUUAAUCUACUUCGUCAACGAUCACUUUACUUUCUACUUGAAACGCAUCGACAUUUGUUGAAGAAUGUGCGCCAAUCACCAUGAAAAUUCCCCCUUUUCGGUCUACGUGAUAUACGCUCCUCUGUCCCUGAUUUUCAAUUCAUCUUUCUCCAAUUUCUUUCGGCAAUGAAACAGAAAGAAAGUCUUUCUGUUAAUUAUCGAACGAAAAGAGAAACGCUAGAAAAUUUUUAAUAUUAAUUUUACUUUCGUGAAAUUUAAUAACGCUGUGUUAUUUCUACAAAACGUUGUGUCAUUUCUCGUAAGAAUAGAAGAAGUUCUCCAAGCGAUUGCGAGAAAGAAAGAAGUAAUAUAUCCACCACGCUUAUGCGCUUUUCGAGUGCCCAUUUUUAAAUAAAUUUGUGUAUGCGCGUAAAGCGGAUGCUUCGUGUCCAACAUCGAUUUAUGCGCAAAAGAGUUGAAAAAGUUGAAAGAGUUGAUACCUGAGUCAUUAAUCGCCAUGCAUGACCUAAAUCUACAUACCCUGUGUCGGUUUGUAGACGAAAUUAGGAAAAAUCCAAGUAGAUUACAACAGAUGUGCAGAAGUGUAUACGUCGAGCAUACGAACAAUUCACUCACGCUUACUAUACAUACGCAAACGCGAUCGACAAUAAAUAAAUAAACCUAUAAACCGUAUUGUGCAAAUGCGUGGAAAUAUCCGGUCGUUGUGACAGUUACAUUGCACGUUGUUCAAAAGUUCGAUCUAAUUAGACAUGAAAUAUUAAUUAUCGUGCUUGCAAUACUUACGCAUACUUUGUAAAUAUUGCCUGUUAACGGCAGAUAAAACCUAGACAUUUUCAAA